AUGGUAAAAAAUAAAAUCGCUAUGCUAGAUGUAUCAGAACUAUUGAGACCAGAGCCAGCAUUUGCAUCCAAACCUAUUGGACGAUACAGGGACUAUGACAUAGACCACGAGGAUCCUAUUAAGGAAAGAGUGAGGAUCACAUACACAGAGAUGCAUACGAAUCAAACAGUAGAUUACGUAAAAAAAAAGAUGGCUGAAUGGUUGUCUUUUGAUAAAUUUGAGGCGACUAUUAUGGAAGCAUUGGAAUCGCUCAACGAUUUAGUGGACGAAAGCGAUCCCGACGUAAAUAUUCCCAACAUCGUUCACGCAUUUCAAACUGCCGAACGUAUACGCGCCAUUCAUCCACAUCAUGACUGGUUUCAUUUGGUUGGUCUGAUACACGAUUUAGGAAAAGUGAUGGCUUUCAAAGGUGAACCUCAGUGGAGUGUGGUUGGCGAUACAUUUCCUGUUGGAUGUGCAUGGGCAAAUUCUAUAGUCUACAAAGACACCACGUUUAAAAAGAACCCAGACACGUAUGACCCGAGAUACAACACCACAUUAGGUAUUUAUUCGAAAAAUUGUGGACUGGACAAUAUCUUGAUGUCUUGGGGACAUGAUGAAUACUUAUACAGAGUCUUGGUACACAACAAUACAACAAUACCCAAAGAAGGACUAAAUAUGAUUAGAUUCCAUUCGUUUUACCCAUGGCAUUCUGGUGGUGACUAUGACUUUUUAUGCUCUGAAGAUGAUUUGGAAAUGAAGAAAUGGGUCUUAGAAUUUAAUAAAUUUGAUUUAUAUACUAAAGGAGGUGACAUGCCAGAUAUAAAAGAAUUGAUGCCAUAUUAUCAAACAUUGAUUGACAAAUACAUUCCAGGAUUAAUUAAGUGGUAA